GUCUGCUUUCUCAGAGUCUCUAUUCGUGCUUUUUUUGUUUGUUUCUUUAAAGGAAACCUCUGCUUCAAAUAAUAGGCUAAUUAUUUGAUUGUUUGUUUCAUUAAUUUACAGUCUGCUGAGAAUUAUUAAUCACUUCCGAAGAAACCUAGCAGAAAUAAAAUGAGUAAUAACGGGUCAUCUAAUUGGAGGAUUGUUCUGUUGGGUCAAACUGGAGCAGGAAAAAGUGCAACAGGAAACACAAUACUGGGAAGAAACUGUUUUAAUAGUGAACAUUCCUUAAAUUCAGUCACACUCAACUGUAAUAAUAGAGUCGCAAAGGUGUUUGGCAGAAGCCUUUCAGUAACUGAUACUCCAGGACUGUUUGAUACAUCUUUGACUAAACAAAAGCUGAAAACUGAAUUAGAGAAAUGUGUUGAGAUGUCUGCUCCUGGUCCCCAUGCGUUUCUGCUGGUGAUCAGACUGGAUGUCAGAUUUACAAGGGAACAGAAGGACACAGUGAAAUGGAUUCAGGAGAACUUUGGAAAAGAUGCUACAUGUUACAUCAUCAUUCUUUUCACACAUGUUGAUGUACUAAGGGGAUCAUCAUUAGAUGAUUUUAUUAAAAAAAAUCCAGAUCUACAAGCCUUUACUGAGAGUAACCCAUAUCACUCCUUUGACAAUGACAACAGUCAAAAUCGAGAUCAAGUUAAAGAGCUGCUAGAGAAGAUUGGACAAAUGGUGAAGAGAAACAAUGGAACACACUACACCAAUGAGAUGUAUAAAAGAGUCCAGAGAAAGAUCAAAUUAAUAAAAGGUGCAAAAAUAGGUGGAAUGGCAUUAGGAACAUUAGCAUUCAUUGCCGCAACAGGAGGAGCGGGUGUAGGAUUGGCAGCAGUAGUGGGAGCAGGAGCAGCAGUGGGGGCAGGAGCAGCAGUUGGAGCAGGAGCAGCAUUGGGAGCAGGAGCAGGAUCAGCAGUUGGAGCAGGAGCAGCAGUGGGAGCAGGAGCAGCACUAGGAGCAGGAACAGGAGCAGCAGUUGGAGCAGGAGCAGGAGCAGCAGUGGGAGCAGGAGCAGCACUAGGAGCAGGAACAGGAGCAGCAGUGGGAGCAGGAGCAGCACUAGGAGCAGGAACAGGAGCAGCAGUUGGAGCAGGAGCAGGAGCAGCAGUGGGAGCAGGAGCAGCACUAGGAGCAGGAACAGGAGCAGCAGUGGGAGGAGCAGCAGCUGGAGGAGCUGCAGCAAUGGGUGCAACAGCAUUGGCAAUGGGAGCAGUAGCAGGAGCAAAUGUAACAGACAAGGAAGAAAAAAAAAAAAACAGUAGAGCAGUAGUAGUUUUUAAGCGUAAUCAACUGACUGGCUGCCAGCAAGAGAAGCUAAGCCUCUUCAAAAGUAAAGAUAACUAAGAUGAUCAAAGUAACAGUUUUUUUUUUUUAUCAAUUAACCUAGUAAUGUUCAUAAUUCAAGUACUGAUUAUAAGGCAUACAGACAAUUAACUUUUUCUUUAAGAUGAGGAAUCUAGAAACAAAAUCUUCAUUUUCAGAUGAACAGUAUAAGACUUUGUGAAUUAAAGCUAUAGUUAUUAUAUCAUUAUUUUCUAACUGUAUUCAAGCAGAAGAUAUCAGUUCAGAAUUGAAUUUUGUCUGCAUAACUGAAUCACUAUUUUCCUGUUUAACACUGUAAAGCUGAUUUGACACAAUCUGUAUUAUAUAAAGUGCUAUAGAGAUUAAGGUGACUUGACUACUGCUCCUCUGAGACAACGUAUAUUGUGAAUGUGCAUUGUGGAAAAAAAGUGCUAAACAAAAAUGACUUGACAUUCCAUAUUGCAUCAGAUUCCUCCUGGCAUUUAUUUUCUAAAAUUGACCAUGUAACUGCUCAUUAUAUUCAACUUAUUACAAGUGUACUAACCAAAUUCACAGACAAAUGGACAUGAAAUAUUGAUUUUCAUUGUAGAUGUUUUAUGCACUUGACCUAAGUUACUAUUAGAGGUAAUUAGUCAUAUCAAGUAUAGUCAUAUCAAUGGAGCAUAACAAGCUAGUGUGAGUAAAUGUGAUGAAAUAUGCAUUCUGUAUUGUUGAAGCAUACUAAGCAAUGCUAGAGUGACAAAAUGUGAUUUGUGAUUUAUGUUUAAAGUUAGUGUCUCAGGGAUGCAAAUGGAAUUAUAACAUUAUUGCUUGUUUUUAAUAUUGAAUAAAGACAAUGAAU